AUGGGAGAAGAUAUAAUAGAACCAUUAGGAACCAAAGGAAAGAAUGUAGCAUAUGAUUUGCAGAAGAAUAAUCUGGUGUACCAUCUGGGAUCGAGUGAUGGUCCAGAAAGGCUGGAUAAGGCUUUAUCUAAUUCUGACUGGAUGCAAUAUUUUUCAAGUGUUAUUGUGUACCACUUACUUGCUAUUAGUAGUGAUCAUGCUCCUAUUUUACUUGUUAGCUCUAGGGAUGACAAUCCUACUAGAAAACCACUUAGAUUCAACAAAUGUUGGCUAAUGGAUGCAUCUUGUAGGGACAUCGUAUAUAGUGAUUGGGAGGUUAAUGUAUCUGGUUCAAAUGCUUUUAGGCUAGUUAAAUCUCUGAAAAAUGUUAAGGCUUCCCUUGGACCAUGGAAUCUCCAAACUUUUGGCAACAUUCAAAGACAAAUUCAAGUUUUUCAGGACCAGCUAGAUGCAAAUAGGGAGACGAUAGUGGAGCUAGAAGAAAAACUUAAAUACCGGUACAGUGUCCAACAUGAUUUUUACAUGCAAAGAGCAAAAAAAAAUGUGCUUAAGUUUGAUGACCUAAACACUAAAUAUUUCCAUGAUAAAGUCAAAUACAGGAAGCGUGGAACUUAG